AUGGAGUCCACCUUCCGCAGUCUCAUGAAAUGGCAUGGGAAGCGUGUCCGAGAUUUCAAGCUGAUUCAAGGCGAUUUCCUCGCUCAAGACCACCUCCAGCUCAUCACUGAGGAAGCUACCAUCAUCUUCAUAAACAACUUUGCCUUUACCGCGGACCUCGACAAGAAGAUCAAAGACGCGAUCAUCAAGAAUUGUGCCCCUGGGACCAAGAUCAUUUCGACGAAGGCCUACGCAAAGAGCAAAGCGGUUCCCGAGCUGCGCGAACGUGAUCUCAAUGAUCUUUCAAUGAUGCUGGACGUUACAAGCCUGCGAACCGUCAACGCUCCAGCCUCUUGGACUGGCGGACAUGUUCCGUAUUAUCUUCAUGUCGUCAAUCCUGCAAAGAUUGAACGCUACUUCGAGUACAAAAACAAGAAGAACUCGAGCACCCCGUCCCUGGACGAGCGCCGCAGCAACAGCAGCAAAACAAGCCAGAGGAAGAAACCCACCUCUGCCGAGCCGGAUAACAAGAAAGCGCCCGCGACCAAGACUAAGGCCAAGAAGCGUCUCAACGAGUCACAGAGCAAGAAUGGCAAGGCCCAGAAAAGGAAGCGCGGA